AUGAAUGCUAAAAUUAAGCAGCAAUAUACACUUCGAAAUAAAUUACAUCUGUCGUCAUUUCUUCCAAAGAUUGAGACCAUGCUGGAUGAUUGGUCGAAGCAUUGUGACACCAAUCCAUUUUCUGUUUGCGCGUCCAUCAUACCCGAUUGCGAACUAGCUGGUUAUAAAUGGGCUACAAUGAUUGAUCUGUACAAUGAUUUUUAUGUUGUAUCGUCAUCGAACGCCUAUAUAACACCGUGGGCUUGGUCAGAUAUUUAUCGUUCUCGUCAGUGGCUCACAUUUAAUGAUUUUUUGGUGUGGCAACAAUCCUGCUGGCUAGUUGCACCAUUACAAUCAUGUAGCUGUCCAGUUGGCAUGAAACAAUAUUCAUGUAAACAUUCGGUUGGAUUGGCAAUUUUAUUUAA